AGGGACGGCGCAGGGAGGAGAGUGGCAGAGAAUGGAAGUAUCGAGGGUUAUUUGCGACUCUUGUUUGGAGUGAGAGCGGUGCGAGAGGGAGAGGUGAGAGGCAGUGGCAUUGAAGCUAAGUGUGGUGGUGUUUUGCCCGUGAGUUGCUUCGUCGUUGUUCAGAAGGACGACUCCCAUAUGAAUGAACCCUUUGCGGCAGAGUGAUGGUUCAGUUUUCCUUCGUGCAGGUGGUGGUGGUUUGUCCCGCACCAGUGUCAGGGCGACGCAUGGGUGUUGUAUUACCUGCUACUCUUCAACUCUGCACCCAUGCACAUGCAGACUUGAUUCGGUCACGCUGCAUUAAGCAGUUUUAUGUUCGUGAUUUCACCGCGUAAGCUGCUGGUGAUGCGUGAGAGGCGGAGGAUGUCAUUCCGGGAUAAGGGCGUAAGGAAGGCGUGCUGGGACUCCAGGGACCGCUACUGGGCCUGCCUCGACCUGCCAGGUAUCCAGAGGGACCACUGCCUGGAGCUUCGCCGCCUGUACGAGCUGGCCUGCCCCGGACACUGGGUGAAGCACUUUGACCGCAAGCGUCAGUAUAUGGAGUUCCAGGAGCGAAUACACUCGACUACGGGAGCCAGCCACACUGUCGUCGUGCCCCACCCUUGACACGCCCCUCACCAGAAGACACCGUGUCUACAGCGAGGUUGUCUUCACCUAGCGUUCGCUUACCGCUGCUUCGCCUCACCUACAGAAACGACCACGGCGCCCCACAGCCCCGCGUAGCAAGCACACCACACCUGAACUUCCAGGACUAGCGCUAGAUGGCGUGGCGUCACUACCCAAGCCACUAAUACCAAAUUUGUCUUCACGUGUUUCCAAAUUCUAGACAAAUGCAGGGAUUCCUAUAGAUACAAUGCAGGGUGUUUGUUUAAGCAGGAGUCUCCUUGUACGAGGCUCCACCGCGUAUGGUGUCUCGUGCAGCACCGUAUAUAUGCGCCCCCAUAUCGCUUCGCCUCUUGUUAUACAUAGUGUGACCAGCAAGCCAGCAGGUAGUGAGUGAGCUCCGCUGCUACACAGUACAUAUUAGUCAUUAGUCUACUACUACUACUACUACUUUUUGUUUUACUACUCCUUCUACCAGUAAUUCUUCUACCACUACAACUAAUAUUACUACGGCUUUUACCACUUUCAUUUCUAUUACUACUUCAACGUUCAAUAGCUCCACCAUAGGUUAAGGAUUUAGGACAUAAUAUAGGAUACUUCUGUGUUUGAAAUAAUGUGCACAUAUAUUUUUUAACGAUAUGGAAUGUAUUUGUUUAUUUUUUCGUCUUUUUUAUUUUACAUUCACGUUCCCGAGAAACCUUCGAUGUAUACUGCUUCCCUCCUGUGCUUUCCUAAGGUUACUGGGCGGCUCAGCGCACGUGUGCAGUCCCAUUAAGGCUCGUGCUUUUGUGAUAUUUGACAAGCCCCGCCGCUCCUCUCCGCUGACAUGCCCCUGGCGUUACCAGCAAGGACGCGGAGCGGCGGGGACGUGGGAAGGCUAGUGGGAGGCGUAUCUCUCUCGCGUCAAGCCAAGGCCUCCUUCCCCGAGACCUUGGAGGGGCUGGGCAUGGGAGGCGGCCAGUGCCAGGCCAGUGCUGCACUCCACGCCCCGCCCGGCGCGCCGCAGCCUUCCUCACCUGCGAGGGUUCAUAGCUACACCAAAUUCUGUAUCUUUUCUGUUUGCGGGUCGUUGAGCUGCAAGUGAGUGUAAGCUUUGCAACACACGGCGGGUGUUGCCACUGCCGCGGUGUUGAGGACACGAAGGGGCGCCCACCCCGCGCCGCCUGGUGUUAGUUCUUAUUCACUAAACAAUAUUUGUUUUGUCACAUUACCUAUUUCUACGUCAUACCAUUGUAUGACACUGGCGUCCCGCUGGUCAGCCCGGCAAGGGUCGCUGUGUGGCCAGCCGUCACCACGCCGCCACCACCACCACCACAGCGGGACACUCGGCUGCGUCACCUUCAGUCACCAGUCUCUGUAACGGUGGAUCCAAUGAUUUCCAAAAAAUGUAAGACAAAGGCAACUUUUUUUUUCCAUGUAAAAAUACAGACAAAAAUGUUCCAUUAUUGGCCAUAUAUCUUGAUUCAUUGCCAAAAUAAAGCAUAUGUGAAAACGUUUCAA